AUGACACACUCUCCCAUGAGUCCUGCUUACCCAGAGUCAUCACACAGCAUCUUGCCAUCAAAACAAAGCCAAGACGAAACCACAAAAACAGACAACCAGACCACUGAGAGAAGUAGAAGCACCAUUCGACGUGGUCUGGAGGCACUGAUACUCUCGGAAAACAAAAGAUCUAAUAGCCAGCCACCUGUGCCAGAGAUGACAAUAGAGGACUAUGUAGUCAUAGCUAAUAUUCCCAAAGUAAAUUUGUAUCCAGAAGAAGAUGAGGCAAUCGUAGUGAGAAGAAGGCCUCAGAGUCGCAGUCCACGUAGAGACAAACACCACAGGGAAGAGAGAGACGGCCGUGACGAAUACAUAGAGUUGGAGGAACGAGGGAGAGGGAGGGAGCGAGGGCGAGACCGUAGAGAGAGGGAGAGAAGACGCCAUGACAAGGAUACUGGAUGCUCAUCUGAAACCAACAGUACCGUCUCUGGCAUUACACAGGUGUCACAGCGGUCCAGAGAAGAAAAUAAGUAUUCAGGUAGACAUGAGGGAGAACAAUGUGACCCUCCACUGAUGCAGCUCAACUCUUUGGACCUUAAAAAGGGAUGGAUGUUCUUGUUGGACAACUGCGCAGAAUGGAGAAAGUUCUGGUUUGUUCUUGACAGCUCUGGACUGAGAUACUAUACCAGCUCUGAUGCUGAGGAGAGCGAUGGGCCAGAUGGAGAGAUUGAUAUUUCAUGCUGUCUAGAUGUGGUGGAGUUUGAAGCGGAUAAGAACUACGGACUUCAGAUACACAUGAAAGAUGCAGAAAUCACUCUGUCAGCCAUGACGUCCCGCAUCAGGAGGAACUGGAUCGAGGUUCUGCAGAGACGCAUCAGAAACACUGACUCACCCGAUAACGUUCGGUCAGAACCCACCAGCCCAUCUCACGAUGACCCAGACACGAUGUCAUUGCCUUUGACCAAUCACAGGGAGGCGGGCGUGGGCCGAGACACAGAACAGGAAAAGCGGCUAGGGGACAGAACUAAGUGGUUCCAGGAAGCCGUGUCGGACAGAGAGCCCGACAGCCCGUGGGACAAAGUGCAGCUGAAAAAGGGGGCAGUAGCUUGUGUUAUGCCUCAGAUCCAUGAGACAGGCGUGGACAUUGAGAAGAAAUGGGAGGAUUUUGAGAAGAUUCCUGUUGGAGAGAUGAGGUCGUUGUCGCUGAUUGGUUCAGAGGCUCCACAAGGAACCGAUGAGGAGCUACAGAGUGAGGCGUCUUUGAGGCAGAAGACGGAGGUGCCUCGUAAAGGCAGAGCCGCUUCUGGAUCUGCGCUUUCCUGUGGCCCGGGUUCGCUCUGUGCCUCCAGACUAGAAGAGCUGGAAGGAGAACACAGGGAGAGACUGCAGGAGCUGGAGAGAGCACAUGAGAGAGAGAGGAGAGAGCUGGAGAUGCAGAAAGAGCAGAUGUUGAGGGAAGAAGUGCAGCAAGCUGCACAAGCGAUAGAAGCUCUGAGGAAGGCCCACCAGGAGGAGCUGGAGAGACUGAGAGGAGGAGAACAAACAGACGCCGCUGUAGUGAGUGAGUGCAAGUCUGAGUAUGUGUCUCUGCAGCAGGAGUUGAACGGGCUGUCGGAGCGAUACACUCAGAGGUGUGUAGAGCUGACUAACUUACAGAACGUCACGGGACAGAGACACACACUGAUCGAGGAGCGGCACAGAGAAGUGGAACAACUUCGCAAAGAGAACCAGGAACUGCAGGAACGCCUGAAUGAGGAAAUGAGCCUAAUGCGGUCCUUCAUCACGGGUCAAAGGUCAGGGGUCGUCCCUGUCGGAAGCUACGAGCGCAGCGCCUCAGAACUGGAGAUGUUGUUGAGAGUGAAGGAGAAUGAGAUCGAGUAUUUACACAAAGAGAUCAGCUGUCUCAGGAACGAGAUCCAGUCAUUAAUUAAGGAGAAGCAGGAUCUGAGUGAGCGUUAUAAGGCUGUGUAUGUGGAGCUUUGUGCAGUAAAAGGGCUCAGUGACAGAGAGGUCAGCUCCCUGAAAGAACACCUCCGACUGACCAACGCCGCUCUGGAGGAGGAACAGCAGCACCAAAUGAGGCUUUAAAUUAUUCAGACAGACUUUCAUGACGCUUUCAUCUGCCUCUAUCACAGAAGCGCAAGCCAUCUGUACAUCAUCGUACGUCAUGGUAUUUUCCACGCUGCUUUUGCUCCCAGAAAAUAAAAACAUGUAUGUAUAUUUAAAUCGUUCAUUUGUCUUGUUUUUAUCUGUAAAGAGCACUGAGUAAUUAAACCUACACACUGUGUAAAGGUCCAUGUACUUUGAACACGGUUCCUGAGCAUUUUUUUCUCAUGUGUGAAACACAUUUUCAUUUAGAAAGUGUUUCAAACUCGAGCGCACACACGUGAUGCUGC